CACACAAAACUGGGUCGGUGAUAAAAGCCCUUUUGACAUCUCAAUUCUGAGAUCUCAAUUUUCAGAAUCUGAAACAGCAGGAAGGGAAGAAGAUUAUGGAGGAAGGAAGCGCAGAAGAGAACUUUCAGCAAACCCCUCACAAGAAGAGCAAGACCAUUAUCAAGAUACCUUCAUAUCAAGAAGUCUUCGACAGCUCACAGCCAAAGUCACAAUCCUUCUCCCAAGCCUUUGCGUUCCUCAAAUCCUCCGAGUUUUACUCUCCUCCUCCAAAACCACCCUCUCCUUCCUCCUCCCAAUCCUUGCCGGCUUCCAACAUCACAAACCCAAGAAAAAAUGAUCAAUUAGAUACUUCAUCUUCUUCUACAUCAGCUUCUACAGCUACUCCGGUUAAUAGCUUGUCCGUUUCGAGUUCUGUUAGUCGCAAUGCCAUUCUUGUCAGCAAUAGACAGAAGGGAAACCCUCUUCUCAAACACAUCAGGAAUGUGAGAUGGGCUUUUGCAGAUGUAGUACCUGAUUAUUUACUUGGGCAAAGCUCUUGUGCUCUCUAUCUAAGUCUUCGGUAUCAUCUACUGCACCCGGACUACCUGUAUUACCGUAUAAGAGAAUUGCAAAAGAAUUUCAAGCUUCGUGUAGUUCUGUGCCAUGUUGAUGUGGAAGAUGUUGUCAAGCCUUUGCUUGAAGUCACCAAAACAGCUCUACUUCAUGAUUGUACCCUUCUUUGUGCUUGGAGUUUGGAGGAAUGUGGUCGCUAUUUGGAGACUAUAAAAGUCUAUGAAAACAAGCCUGCAGAUCUUAUUCAAGGCCAGAUGGACACCGACUAUCUGUCAAGGCUAACACAUGUCCUAACAUCAGUUCGGCAUGUUAAUAAGACUGACGUGGUCACUCUUGGAACGACAUUUGGGUCUCUAUCUCAUAUCAUGGAUGCAUCCAUGGAAGAUCUAGCUCGUUGCCCUGGUAUAGGUGAGCGCAAGGUAGUCCCUUUUCCAAAACAGGGCGCUUUUCCAAGUAAGGCGGCUGUAUGACACCUUUCAUGAGCCAUUCAAACGCAUCGUUUCAACCCACCCUGCUGUUCCAGAAACUCCAACCCAGAAUAGUACCAAACCUCGCUCAAUCAAUGAAGAACAAGAUGUGGAUGGGAAGAGAAUAGAAGAAGAUGGUAGCCAACACAAAAGAGAACCUAAAUUAAAUGUCAAAUCAGCUCUUUCUGCUGCUUUUGCCAAAUAUGCUGACAAAAUUGCUAAAAGUAGUAGCAUGCCACAAGAAAAAGAAAUAGGAGAACCUGAAAGUAGCAACGUCCAGUAAUUUUUACAUUGCUUCAGGCCAUCCAAAUCCGUUUUAAUGUUAAGACCAGCUGAUGAGAAGUAGCAACUGCAGGUCUGCUUAUUCAUGUUGCUGUAGAGUAUGAUCACAUGGCUACAUCCUUCAGAACACAAUCCAAACCUGCUCGUGUUGUGUUUAGAAUGCUGCUUUGCUGUCGCUUGGAACACAGGAGUGGAAGUGACUUUCAGUUGCCCGAAAACGACAUGUAAAAUUAUAUUUGCAUUUUGUAUCUGUAAGCUGUAACUUUUUCUGGACAAAUAACAAAUAAGGUCAGUAAUAAGCAUGGUUUUUUUAGACACAAUAA